AUGGCAUCAAGAGCCCAACCUCUACGUCUUCCAAUGGCUUACCGCCUCUUUUUCCUCGUAAUCGAACCCAUUUCGGCACUCGCAGGUGCAUACAUGGCCUAUUUCCAACCAGCUAAUUAUCUCACUCUCACUACACCUCUCUGGCCAUCCUCCCCCAACCUACCACUAAGUACCACUAUCGUACUUACUCAACUCGCAAACCUCUACCUUCUUUUCGCUAUCAACGAAGCCUUGGUCUUACGUUCCACCUCUGAUUUGAGAGUGUGGAAGACAGUGCUUCUCGGUUUACUCAUAGCUGAUCUGGGACAUUUGUAUAGCGUGAAGGGCUUAGGCAUUGCAGGAUAUUGGAAGAUCUGGGAAUGGAAUGCUAUGGCGUGGGGGAACGUGGGAUUUGUCUAUGCCGGAGCGUUAAUGAGGAUUUGUUUUCUGUCUAAUGUAGGGAUUGGGCGAAGAGUCUUCACACGCAAGUUGAAUUAG